AUGAGCGGUACAAAUGAAUGGUCAACUGAGGAGGUUUGCAAGAAAGUCAAAGCAGAACUUGGAUUAACGGACGGAGAUACAUUCAUCCUAGAUAGAAUACGAGAGAACAAGAUAACUGGAUCUACGUUAUCUGAAAUCACACUUGCCGAUUGCAAGGAGUUAUGUCCUGAUAGCAUUAGUGCCGUGAGGCUUAAGACAUGCAUAAACAAAUUUGUUGACACGGAAGAACAAGCACCGGAACAAGAAUUAGUGUUGACUAUGAAAGGCUUACACCAGACGUUAAAUGAAAAGUUACAAGAAUUCCAAUCUAAUUAUGCGCAACUCAGAUUGGAUUUGUUGGAAAUCGUGAAGAGGAACAGUGGAUCUGGUUCAGGUUCCUCUCAGUCUUCUCAACAACUUCAACAUCAACCUUCUUCGCAAGAUUACUUCGAUAGAGCUCCACACCAUUCUUCACACACGCCAUCAUCACCCAAAUACAGAUCGAAUUCCAAUCCAGGGCUGCCACCACAAUCUUCAAGCACCAGAAAUGUUUCAUCGUCACAUAUUGCCACCACACCCGGAUCGGCGAAUACUCCAGGCGGAGCUGGAGUAUCAUCAGCUCCAAGUUCAGAACCUAUGAAACAAUUACGUGCCUCAAAGGAGGAUUCAUGUGAAAAGGUUUUAAGAAAUGCGAUGAAGAGGCACAAUUUGAAUGAAACGGAUUGGAGACAGCAUGUUUUAGUGAUAUGCUAUGGAGAUCAAGAACGAGUUCUUGAUCUCGAUGAAAAACCAGUACAGAUCUUCAAGUCUUUAAAACAACAAGGCCUGCAUCCUGCAAUUAUGUUAAGACAAAAAGGUGACUUUGAGGAAGUGGGAGAAAUGGCAGCAACACCGGGAGGUAGGCUAUAA